CUCACUAAACCCUCGCACUUCCACAAACUUCCCCGCCAGGCCUUCCCCCAGGCCGAGGGCUGGGCAGUGCCGCCAGGGCUCCAGCUGACUUGCAAAGUGCUGGGCCCCAUGCGGAGGACGCGCGGAAGGAAAGGGAAAAUGACCACCCAAUUCCCCUCCGAUUCUUGGGAUUCCUGGCCGGCGGCGUGGGGCUGCGGCCAGACCAGAAGCAGGAAUCCGGGGAGGCCUCCAACGCCAGGCGCUCCCAGCUCAAUCGGCAGAUAUUUUCUGCAAGAUCCAUGCGGUCAUUUUAUUUCCAUUCAUUUUCACUUCCAUGUCUUUUCACGUAUAUGUCCUAAAUUAACACAGUGACCCGGAUAAAACUUUAAAAUGGGGGCUGGGGGCCGAGUGGAGAGAAGGAGAGCCUGGGCCGCGCGAAUUUACCGGCUGGUGUGGCCGCGUCCCGGCGCCCGGGCGCCGCCCGCCCCUUCGCCGCCGGCUUCUUCGGCGCCUUUCGGCUCGCUUUUGGCGCCGCCAGCAACCUGCAGUCUCCUCCGGAGCUCAGAGAAAGAGAGAGAAAAGAGAAACAUUGGCGGGGGAGUUAUUUCGUUUCCAGAAUUGGGGCGCCAGGAGCUUAAUUCAAAAUACCGGCGGAGGGUUUGGGGGGGGGGCUGAGAAACAGGAGGUGCAUGGCGUGGUUCUUGGGGUUGCUUUUGCUCCAAAAGACGACUCCCUAUUUGAGGGACAAAGCCCCGGAGGCUGGCACCUCCGAAGCUGGACCUGGGGCGCCGGCGCCGAGUUGGAGUGUGUAUUCGAUGAUCAACCCUGGAUUUUUAUUUCAAUGGAAAGAACUGCGGUUGGCGGACUGAAGGAAGAGGAUGGGAAGGGAAGCACGUUUUAAAAUCUGUUUGAUUGGGAUUUGUAAGUAAAAGGCCCCUAAACCUGCAAUUCCCCCCAUUAAUGGCCGCAGAACCCCCCGGAGAGCACAUGGAGUUGUCCCUGGGAACCUGGGCGUGUGGGCAUUUGGGUGGGAGAAGCAGGGACCCCGCUUUAGCCUCCUCCAAUUCGUGGGGUGCAGAGGCGAGAAUCUGGUUGCUGCACAUCUGCCUAGCCCUCCAUCAGGGCCACCUUUCCUCCCUGGGGGAAAACUAGGGCCCAGGGGAUCUAGGGCCCCCACACCCACAAUGCUGCAGCCUCACAGGUGGGGUCCCGCCAUUAAUAGAGUUAGGAAUGAGGGGGGCGUUCAGAGAAGCAGAGGGGGGCACGGAAGCUUUCAUUUUACCUCGAUGCAAUUGGCAACUCAGAACAGCAGCUGCUGCUCCCGACUAACCCCCAAAUUGGCUCAGAACAGUCCCCGUGUGGAGUAUUUGGGGUGAGUUUUUACUAGAAGAGGGGGCAGAGCUCCUGUGAGAAUAGGGAGGUUCCAAAAAGAACCCCCUUCCCAGCUGGACCCUUGUGGCUCCUCGACCUGACUGCCUGCACCCCAAAUAUCACCCCUUCUUAGGGUGGGGUUUCCCAAAAAAAGCGAGAAGGAGAAGAAAAGAAGAUGGCGACUGAGAAAAGGGUUGCUGGUGGAGCAGCCAUGAAGAAAUGCAAUAAAUUCCUUGUUGUUUUAUGAAAAUUUACAACUUUGUGAUAGAAGUUUAUGAGUGGUUGAAUCCAGCGAUUGGCCGGCGCCGGUCAUGUGGCCGGGCGAUCGUGAACAUGAACUUUUUAUCAUUUCCCUGGUGGUUAUAAUGCAGCAUUCUUUUGGACACCACACCUAGGUCGGAGCACUGUCGUCCUUGAGGGUCUCCAGACUCUUGAUAUUUUUAUACUUCAGUAUCAGUUCGAUCAAGCAAAAGAGAGAGGGAGAGAGAGGAAGAGAGAGGGGGAGAGGAAAGAAGAGAGAGAGGGGGGAAGGAAGGGUGGGAAUUACACAAAAGAGAGGACCUAAAAUAAUUUUAAUUCCUAAGUUAAUUUCCUUGCUGAUCUGGGAUUUUAGUCAUCAUGGAGGGUAAAUGGACAAUCUGCCCAGGACUGCAGGCUGAUACCAUUUUUCAAAGCCAGAACUUACUCCAUUUUCUAUGCAAAUAUCAGAAAAACGAAACACCCUCUCUCCCAAGUCAGAGAAGGGCAAGCGACGGCUCUCAGGUUGGGACAAUAUUAUCUGGAAGAUGAAGAAGAAACCGAACGCUCUUUUUUCCCCCCUCCUUCCUCCCCACCCCUUUCAAUCGGAGGACAGAAGCCUCAAGGUCUGCAAAGCCCUCUCUCCUAUUUCCGCGCCCUACCCGGAGACUUGCAAAAACCAGAGUGAGGGAAAAGCAACUCAAUGUCUGAUCAUCUCAUCCAGAGUUAAAAUAAUAAUGACAGAGCGAAGAACACAACUAGAGAGAAAUAACCACACUCCCAGGAAAGUGAGUAAAGGCUCAAAAGGGUCCCUCCUCUCAAAGACUCAACCCUGCGGGUGACCCUAGGCCGGGUUUCCUUCCCGCCUGACAGUUUUCGGGGAGCCAGCAGGGAGGCAGCCAGCCUCCGCCGCCAUGGCGGUCUGCGGCCGGCGCUCCCGCCGAUUGCCGGGAGGUGGCGCGCUCUGCUCAGAGGCCGCUGCCAGCCUUCUCCCGGCGUCUCCCCCUUCUCCUUGUUUCCCCCUCUCUCGGAGGCUCGCAUUGAAUCGGCCCUAACGAUUCUCGGAUCGUCAUUAUUUGUAACCAUAGAGCAUGAAUUACCUCUUGAGGUCAUCAGUGAGAAUUUACGACUGGUCAACAAAAGCACGUGAUUCCCUAACGCCCCCCCAUCCCCCUUCCAACCUCCCCCCCCAUAUUUGGCCGCAUACAUAGCAAAACGAAGUACAGUGCAUCGCUAUAAUUCAUUAAUACAUCAUAAAUCGUGAAGCACAGGGUUAUAACGACCACGAUCCACAAAUCAAGCCCUCCAAAAUCACCCAAAUGAGCUCCUACUUUGUAAACUCCUUCUCGGGGCGUUAUCCAAAUGGCCCGGACUAUCAGUUGCUAAAUUAUGGCAGUGGCAGCUCUCUGAGCGGCUCUUACAGGGAUCCCGCUGCCAUGCACACCGGCUCUUACGGCUACAAUUACAAUGGGAUGGACCUCAGCGUCAACCGCUCCUCGGCCUCCUCCAGCCACUUUGGGGCGGCGGUGGGCGAGGGCUCGCGCGCCUUCCCCACGCCCGCCCAGGAGCCCCGCUUCAGGCCAGCGGCGUCGAGCUGCUCCCUGUCCUCGCCCGAGUCCCUGCCCUGCACCAACGGCGACAGCCACGGCGCCAAGCCCUCUGCCUCGUCCCCCUCCGACCAGGCGACCCCGGCCAGCUCCAGCGCCAAUUUCACCGAAAUAGACGAGGCCAGCGCGUCCUCGGAGCCAGAGGAAGCGGCGAGCCAGCUAAACAGCCCGAGCCUGGCUCGGGCGCAGCCAGAGCCCAUGGCCACCUCCACGGCCGCGCCCGAGGGGCAGACUCCGCAGAUCUUUCCCUGGAUGAGGAAGCUGCACAUCAGCCAUGAUAUGACCGGGCCUGACGGCAAGAGGGCCCGGACCGCCUACACCCGCUACCAGACCCUGGAGCUGGAGAAGGAGUUCCACUUCAACCGCUACCUGACCCGGCGGCGGCGCAUCGAGAUCGCCCACGCGCUCUGCCUGUCCGAGCGCCAGAUCAAGAUCUGGUUCCAGAACCGGCGCAUGAAGUGGAAGAAAGAUAACAAACUGAAAAGUAUGAGCCUGGCCACAGCCGGCAGCGCCUUCCAGCCCUGAGUCCUCUGGGAGGAGCCCUGGGCGGCCCAAGAGCCCUGGCCGCCCCCAGCCCCGGCCCCUCCGAGCCUCCCCGCGCCGCCGCCGCCGCCGCCGCCGCCGCCCGCUGGGGACUGGAUCCCAUGCGCCUGCCUCGCCCCAGCCUUGUGUUACCAUGUUUCCUUUGGUCUUAGAUCUUCCUGUGGCUCCCUCUCUCCUGGACUGGUUGAUCUUGUUAUUAUUGUUAAUAAUGAUGAUAAUUAUUAUUUCCCCUCCCUGCUCCUGGCUCCCCUCCGCGCCCCCCACAUCCACCAGUGUUUCUGAAUGUUCGUGUCCGUGGUUGCACUCCUUCCCCCAGGAAGAAAAGAAACUCGCAUGUGUAAUGUGAACUUUCCCCUCCCCAUCUUGUUCUUCUAACUUAUUUAUAAAAGGAUGAGCGCUGUAUUUUGAGUUUCAGCUGGAAACUUCUCUAAGGGGCAGCAGUGGAGGUGGGGUGGUUCCGCAGUGCCGGGCCCAGCUGAGCUGGCCUCGGAGAUGGAGUCCAUGACUGUGUUUCUUUCCGCCCUCCUCUCCCUCCGCCCUCUCCACUCCCCAGGCCCAAGUCUCUUGGUGGCUUGGUCCCGGGGUGCGAAGGGGCCAGGGAGGACCAAAGCCGUGAUGUUGAGAAGAGGGAAGGUGUAUAGUGAGAUUUGAGUUCCUGCCGCCUGGGUAGGCCCCACAGGCCUGCUCUGGGAGUGUACGGAAACAAAAAGAAUCCUCAGUGUAAAAUGUCUUGUGUAUUCCUCUGUGAAUCCAUGGGUCUGGUGUAGAGAGGCCUAACGCUUGUAAAUACGGGGAUACUCUGGGUAGACCCAUCUCCUUCCCCCCCUUAUCCAUUUUGCUUCCAAGACUAUUUGUAGUGAGCGAGUGGAUGCUGUGCUACAUGUGAAAUCUGUCUUUGCCGGGCCUGUCUCAGUGAUUCGCUUUUGGUAUUUGUUUGUAGCUUUCCUUAAAGUCAAAUAAAUG